ACCGUAUACAUAUGACUGGACGGGAUGCAUACCUUCAGCGUUGACUCGCUAUGUUAUUCUGCCUUGGGGCACCGGAGGUGUUCCAUUUACCUUGCUUGGAGUCAAAAGGCAAUGGAUACUCUGUAAAUGACACUAGUGAGACGAGGUAUCCACAUACGGAUGCAGGUGCUGCAUCCGUUACUAACGAGGAUUCGAUAAUAAAUGUCUCAACAAGUCACUGUGGCAAAUAUUUAUUUGUGUUAUCACAAUAUGCAUUUUACAUUUACAGUGCUAUUAGUCCGAACUUUUGUAUCGGUCGUUUAGUAUUGACUGUCAAUCUUCGAAAGAAAUACGAACGUUUUCGAGACUUGGCUUUAAUUCCAGGAUUACCAUGGGUUUGCAUCCUUCUAAAUAAACGUGACAAGGUGCUUGUUAUAUCAUAUGAAAAAUGUGGGUUGGGAGCAUUAUAUGAUCGUUCCGUUCAAAGCAACUCUUCCAGCUAUAAGACGGGCAAUGAUGGUAGGAACCGGGUGCAAAGUGCAUAUGCAGAGAACACUCCAUUACGAAUGUCUUCGAAUCUCUCUUUGGGCGAUCCUUUGCCUUGUACAUGUAUAACAAAAGACAAUGGGAGUACAACAAGGUCUAUUAGAGGCCGUUACGAGGAGAUUGUGCCGCGUAUUCAGGUGAAGGUAUUAUACGUACUAUCAAUCCCUGCCUCUGUACAAUAUAUUACAUGUGCAGAGGGACAAUUUUACUUUUGGGCUUCGGAUCAAUUGGGCGUAUAUGCUACCACAUGUGCUGGUGGUUUUGCUAACUAUCUUUUACAACGUAGUGAUGAUCAUGGAGAAGUUGAAAUAAACUUAAAUCUCCAUGGUACUAAUCUCAUAAAGAAUAUGACCAUAAGUGGCAAUGUCACUGCGCAUUUUGGUUUGUGCUACUUGUUAUUGAAUGAAAAUUUAUAUCUGCAAAGGAGUGACACGGACAACGGCAAAAUUUUCGUCAUUGACACUGGCAAUGGAAAGGGUGUUAAUAGUUUAAUGGACUGGAUUAAUAUCUCUUCUACACUUAACGACUCUGAGGACGGACAGACUGAAUCAGAUGCAUUCGACACAAAUCCCAUAAGUGCAGAUUCCUUGCUCACUGAUAUUGAGAGUUCCGUUGCGCCUGAGUUAUGUGAUUUGGAAGACGUGUUGGAUUGUUUAAUUCCUCGGCGUAUCAUAAUGAAUCAAGAAAUGAACUACUGCUUGGUUGUCACAGAGUCUGGUGGGCUUUUGUCCCUUUAUCUAAAAAAUAACGGUACGGAUUGCAUUGGACUCCUGAUAUAUAGUUCUGGAAUUAACCAUAUCGCAGCCGAAGGAAAUAGCAUUGUGAUCUCGACGAGCAGCACUCUGAUUUUUGGUUUAUGGCAAAAAGGCGCCCUAAGUGUGCUUUGGUCAUAUAAUGUUGAUAACAUUCGUAGCAUUGCAAUUUGCAAUAGGACAAUAGCGGUCUUUUACAAUCAAGAAGGGCUAUAUUGCUUUAAUAGUCGGGGUAACGUUAUGCUGUACCGAAGGAGUAAGGUUGAGUUGUCGCAAGAAAUGUCUGCUUGUUUUGCUGUCCGGGGACUAUCGCUAAUUGCAACUGAAGGUUUAACUUUCAUCAAAUACAACUUGUACCGGGAGAAUCUCAGUUUUAUGCAUUGCUCAACUCCGCAUAGGUCAACUGUUGCUUUCACGGGAGAGCAUAACUUACUUACAUUUCAGACAUAUAUGUUGGAUUGUACCUUUGGAAUUCCUAGUAAAUUCUACGCUGAAGACAGAAACUGGCAUUCUUACGAUAACAGUGAUCUCAUUGGUGAUCUAGAUUGCACUUUACAUACCAUUCAGUAUGGUUGCCUGGAGCCCCAAAGCGGUAGGUGGCCCGUUUUAAAUGCAGUACCAAGUCCAUCUGGAGAUUCCAUAUUGUGUGCGACAGAUUAUAUGCUAUCUAUAGUGAACCGAAGUUGGAAGUGGUUUGGCCAUGGUUUGGGUAACAAUGCAGGUAUGGGUUGGCUAAAUAACGACGUAUGCUUUGUGUUUAUUACCUUACCUGUUCAUUCAUUACAAUCAAGUGGAACUUCUGAUGUUUUGCAUUCAUCUUUAAGCGAUUUGGUAGAUUUUGGUGGCAUAGAAUCCUCAUAUUGUUAUUUUUUCCAUAUUGAUGAUCUAAACUCCCAACUGGAGAUAAUCCCAUUGAAAGCAAAACCUUUAUGCUCCACCGUGUACAAGGAAGUGCUUUAUAUUGCUGAUUCCAUUGGCAAUAUUACUGGAUAUCAGUUGGUCAGAGUGGAGGGAAGUUGGAAGUUUGACCAGGUGUCUCACCUAAAGCACACUAUGCUUGAAUCCAUCAUUAUUGAGGAAAUUUACUAUUUGAACGACAACCUGUUUGCUAUUCUUGACAAUAUGGGUGGUUUAUACCGUUUGACUCCGUCUGACACGACCAAAAUCAUGGAUGAUUGCAGUUCCAUAAUAACCACUGUUCACGAGUGUGACACUGAGCCUGUGCUACUACUGUGUAGUAACCGAUCUGGCGAGAAGCCUGUUAUCGUAACUUCAUUAGGCAAUUCAGUUUUAGAUGUUAACAUAUCUUGUAAGGCUUUGGUUGACCAAGGUAUAGUGUCCUAUUUGUUCAAUAUCCUUGAUUCGGACGACAAAGUACAGAAGCUACGUAUUGCUAAAACUCCACUACCUGUUGGCGACUUAUCUGAGACUAAACGCAGACCGUUUACUCUUGACAUAUUUGAUAAGAUGCUGUCAAAUGUCACCCACAUGGGUGACGAAUCUAUGGCUACGUUCAUGCGGCAAUAUACACAGUUGCCUUUUGAUAUGCAGCAGCGCCUGGUUGCCAGACACUCCAGGCGGCAUUAUGCCGUGAAUGACAUAAAUAAAGUAACUGGUUUGUUCGAAUGCGACUUGGAGGGUGUUUUCAACAGUUUGUUUGCUGCCAAUAGAACAUCAGAAGCGAGCUACAUGCUACUAGGCCUGCAAUCUAUUCUUGGGCCUAAGGAAGUGCGUAGUAGUUACAACACACGUUUGAUGCACAUGGUAGCAACUGUAUUAUCUGUGGAAAAGACGCGAGAUGAUUUCGUUAGGCUUUUUGAAUCUCUUCUUCGGUUUCACAACAUGGUGGAGCCAGGCUGUGGGUUUGACGUUAAACAUCUAGUUUUGACUAUGUUCAAGGAGAACAACUUUGUGGGCAUGUACAAACUCUUCCAGCAUCUCUAUGUUGAGCCGAUCUCCUUGAUGGAACCCAUGAGAUCACAACUGUUGCAUUGGUAUAUCUGGUUAAUUUGUGGUUCUGACUCAUGUCAAUAUACUUGUGAUCGCAUAGAAAAGCAUCGUCCUACGGAUUCGGAGACAUCAGUUGGCGACGUCGCCUUCAAUGUUGAGCUUCAUUGCAUAAUAAUCGCACUGCGUAUGCAACUAUCUUCGUGUUUACGGCCUGAGCCUUUCGCUAUGACCGGGAAUCGGUGCUAUGCUAUGAGAAUGACACAGGGCUUGAAUAGCCAAGUUGCACCUUGUAUGGGCAUUACUAUGUGCAGCUAUUUUUACGACAUAUUUAUUGGACAACGUCUGUUUGUUCCUGCAGCAGCUAUUGCCAUUGCAUGUGGCGAUUUUCUUGCCUUAUCACGCAUAAUUCUCAUGGACAGCAGCGUUGAAGAGGCUGUUCGGAGCAUCCUAUCUGGCGAAUCGACUUGUGAUAAUUGUGUUGGGAAACGUGAGUUCGUCAAGCACUGUUUGGUGAAUACACAGAAGGCGUUUUGUUUUUAGCUACCUUGUUGCCCAUACUUUUCUGUCCAUUCUAUGUAAGAAUGGAGACCUCCGGGAGCC